AUGGCGAUUAACCGGCCCGUAUCCUUACCAUCUGUGCAACCUCGGAAAUUGCGCGCAAAUAGCCCAGAUCGAGUUUCAGCAGUGUCCAGUGAUAGCGAAACAUCAGUCGACAACCUCGAAGAAGGAUUUGUUAAAAAGUCACACCCAAAAUUGCGAUGGUUGACAGCUGUUGUCCCGCCGGCAGCCAAGGGAUCGCGACCAAGUAGGACAACCUCCGCCUUUCAGAGGUGGAAGGGAAAGCAACAGCGGCCAAUACCGAAACUGCUGUUAUUCGCAAUCAUAGCAUCCGUUGCAGUCAUUGUCCUAGCUUCUCUAUUGAUAUACUACAUCAUCCACCUCCGGAGGCUUAUCCCUCAGAGUGAUAUCCAAAAGACCAUUGCCUCAUGGGGAUUAUCCAACUACCCCACACAACUUGUAAAGACACUGCCUGCAGACUUCAGCCGUGAUAUCGAACCUAUCCCGUGCCACUCACACAACGACUACUGGCGCCAUGUGCCGCUCUACGAUGCUCUAGCCGCAGGCUGCACCAGCGUCGAAGCCGACGUCUGGCUGUUUGGCAAUGACCUCUUCGUUGGCCACUCCCAGAAAUCCUUAACCAAGGAACGAACACUGGAAUCGCUUUACAUCGACCCUAUAGUCUCAAUCCUCUCGAACCAAAACGCACCCAACCAAGUCACCACUACAAACGGAACAUUGUCCAGCACAACAGCCCUCAACGGAGUCUUCGAGACCAGCCCGAACACUCCCCUCAUCCUCUUGAUCGACAUGAAAACCGAUGGCGCCUCAACUUUCCUCGCCGUGCUCGAGCACCUCGACCCUUUCCGCUCCCGUGGCUGGCUGACCCACUUCAACGGCUCAGCCGUGGUGCCAGGCCUGAUCACAGUCGUAGGCACAGGCAACACCCCAUUCAACCUCCUCGUCGCCAACACCACAUACCGGGACAUCUUCUACGACGCUCCGCUGGACGAGCUCUGGGGGGACGAUCCCACAUCCAUAAACAAAUACGAUCAACUUCUCAUGAGCGAGAAAUACACCCGCGAAAACUCAUACUACGCGUCCGUGUCGUUUCAGAAAGAGUUGGGAAACUUGUGGCAUGGCAUCCUCACGCCACAGCAGGUGCUGACUAUCAGGGGACAGAUCAAGGGUGCCCAGGAGAGAGGCCUCAAGGCUAGGUAUUGGGAUACGCCGGCUUGGCCGGUGGGGAGACGUGAUCAUGUUUGGGAUGUUUUGAUGAGAGAGGGGGAGGGUGCUUUGAAUGUGGAUGAUUUGGAGGCGGCGAAGGAGAGGAAUUGGGGCGGUUGA